CUAGGUUCUUUGCGGUCGACGCGACAACACGACCAUCAUCAUGCCGCCCAGCAUCGUGGACAUUAUCGCCAAGAAGAGGGACGCUCAGCAACUCUCCAAGGAGGAAGUGGAGGCGUUCGUUGCCAUGGUCACAGACGGCACCGCGCAGGACUGUCAAAUUGGAGCGAUGUUGAUGGCCAUUUAUUUAAACGACAUGACUGAAGAAGAAACCACACACUUGACCAGAGCUUGCGUGAAUUCCGGGGAAGUGUUAGAAUGGUGCAAAUCGUGGCCCUUGGUCGACAAGCACAGCACCGGCGGCGUCGGCGACAAGGUUUCCAUCCCGAUGGCACCCGCCCUGGCCGCCUGCAGACUCAAAGUGCCCAUGGUGUCGGGCAGGGGCCUCGACUUCACCGGCGGCACCCUCGACAAACUCGAGUCGAUCACAGGUUUCAAAGUUGCUCUGAGCAAGGAAGAAAUGGAAGGUGCGCUGAUCAAGGCCGGCUGCUUCAUCGCAGGGCAAACCGAGAAACUCGUGCCGGCGGACCGCGAGCUGUACAAACGGCGCGACGUUACGGGAACCGUCGGAUCUGAUGCUCUCGUUGUCGCUUCGAUAAUUUCGAAGAAAGUGGCGGCUGGAGCCUCGGCUCUCGUCAUGGACGUCAAGGUUGGCCGCGCCGCCGUCUUCAAAAGUGAAGAGCGAGCGGUGCAAGUGUCCAAAAAAUUGAUUGGGACUGCAAACAAGCUGGGAUUGAAGACAAAAGCAGUUUUGACGGCGAUGGACGUUCCUAUUGGAAAUUCGGUUGGAAACGCACUCGAAAUCGCCGAGUCGAUCGAGUGUCUGCGCGGAGGAGGACCAGAAGAUUUGCGCACUUUGGUGCUCACACUCAGUGGAGUUCUGCUCCACAUGCACGGAGUGGCAGACACAGUGGAGGAAGGGCAGCAACAGGUGGCCAACGCUUUGUCUUCAGGGAAAGGUCUAGAAAAAUUCAAGGAGAUGCUCGAGUGCCAAGGCGUGGACUCUGCGGUGGCCAACGAGGUUUGCUUUGGGGACAUGUGGAAAGUGUUGCCAAAGGCGCAAUUCACCACUGAUUUAACAGUUGACGCAGACGGUUUUGUUGGAGAUUUGGACGCAUUGGAAAUUGCACGCGUUUGUCGGGAGCUGGGCGCCGGCCGGAGCAGAGCGGACCAACAGCUCGACCUCUCAGUCGGAGUGACCCUUCUGAAAAGCGUGGGCGACCAAGUAAAACGCGGCGAACACUGGCUUCGAGUGCAUCACUCGAAACAAGAGCUGGACCAAGCGCUGAAAGAGAGGCUGCAAAAGUGCAUCAGCACAAUUGCGGCCAAGCCGUUGCUCAAGUCGAGAAUAAUCAAAAUCAUGGAAUGAUUUUAAAAUAAAAUGCCGAGUUUCCAUAAA